AUGCCACCCAAACACGUGGCCAUCGUGACCUGCAGCACGCGCUCACCGCGACUAAACCCGACGAUAACGCAAUAUGUCUAUGACGUCCUCGCCCACGACCCCACAAUCCCCACGAAAAAGGUCGACGACAAUACAGAGGACACGGAUCCAAGACAUAUCACCCUUUCAAUCCUCGACCUCUCAAAGCAACACCUGCCUCUCUACGACGAAGCAAUCAUCCCAGCCAGUCUCCCCGCCCACGACCCGACGCCGCACUACACGACGGAACACGCCAAAGCGUGGUCCGCAGUCGUGCGCCAGUAUGACGGGUUCAUUUUCGUGACACCGCAGUACAACUGGAGUAUUCCUGCGAGUCUGAAGAAUGCGCUUGACUACUUGUUUCACGAGUGGAAGGGGAAGCCUGCGGGGAUCGUCUCGUACGGGUCGCGGGGUGGCAGGAAGGCGGCGGAUCAUCUGAAGAGUAUUUUGACGGGGUUGAGGAUGAGGGUCGUUGGGACGGCGCCUGGGCUUGUUGUGAAGAAUACUGGGUUGCCGGUCGGUGCAUUAUCGGAGGAGCAGGAGAGGGUUGAUCUUGAUGAGAAGGAUUUGGCUGGGUGGAAAGAUGCGGGCGUGGAGGGGAUGAUGAGGAAUUUGGGAAUGGAGCUUGUUUGUGAGUUGGAUAAGGAGCGAUGGUGA